AUGUACGUAGACGAUAUAGGAAAAAUAGGCAGAGCUCAUCAAGAAGAUCAAGAAAUUCUCGAGGAAAUAGACCUAACGGCUCAUCAAGAAGAUCAAGAAAUUCUCGAGGAAAUAGACCUAAUAGCCCAUCAAGAAGAUCAAGAAAUUCUCAAGGAAAUAGACCUAAUAGCCCAUCAAGAAGAUCAAGAAAUUCUCGAGGAAGUAGACCUAAUAGCCCAUCAAGAAGAUCAAGAAAUUCUCGAGGAAGUAGACCUAAUAGCCCAUCAAGAAGAUCAAGAAAUUCUCGAGGAAGUAGACCUAAUAGCCCAUCAAGAAGAUCAAGAAAUUCUCGAGGAAAUAGAGCUAAAAGUUCAUCAAGAAGAUCAAGAAAUUCUCGAGGAAAUAGAGCUAAAAGCUCAUCAAGAAGAUCAAGAAAUUCUCGAGGAAAUAGAGCUAAAAGCUCAUCAAGAAGAUCAAGAAAUUCUCGAGGAAAUAGAGCUAAAAGCUCAUCAAGAAGAUCAAGAAAUUCUCGAGGAAAUAGAGCUAAAAGCUCAUCAAGAAGAUCAAGAAAUUCUCGAGGAAAUAGAGCUAAAAGCUCAUCAAGAAGAUCAAGAAAUUCUCGAGGAAAUAGAGCUAAAAGCUCAUCAAGAAGAUCAAGAAAUUCUCGAGGAAAAAGAGCUAAUAGCAAAUCAAGAAGAUCAAGAAAUUCUCGAGGAAAGAAAUUUAAAAGAUCACCUAAAGAAAAUUCCAAAAAAAAGACCUUCCGGCAAAUCGAAACCAGUGAAACCCAUCCGACGGCCCGGUAGAUUAUCCCUUACUGUGGAACAAGCUAUAGCCAAGGAACCAACUGUAUGCAAAAAUCCUUCCAAGAUAACUUUCGAACCACCAGAGAAGGCGGGGGAUGUAAUUACAGUUGACCUUAAAAGAGGUUUUAAGUGUAGAGGUGCCUGUAUAACACGUUACUCAGUUUUCUUUACAUGCCCUAAAGAUGUUGAUGAAUGCGCACCCGAAGAAACUGGCACUAAUGCUUGCUCUGGGGGUAAACAGUGUUCAAAUACCUUUGGUCAUUUUAUAUGUAAAUGUCCUCCAGGUAGCGAAUUGAUAAAAAGGAAAGGAAUAUGUAAAUCACGUAACGAAUGCUCCUGCUCCGGAGAUCCCCAUUGCCUAACAUAUUUUGGGCAUAAGAUCGAUUUCAUGGGUAAAUGUAAAUACCUUAUCAGUGGUGUAUGUAAAGCUAUUCAAUCCAACCAAAAAGUCUGGAGAGUGGAAUGUAAAAACACCAAAUGUGGCAAACCAAAUAAAGAUGUGACAUGUACCACGUGGUGUGAAACUACUAUUUUCAAAACAGGCGGAGACUCUGUUGAAAAAGAUGUCAUUCGUAUGGAACGAAAAGGAAUAAUGAAAGUAAACGGUAACCGUAUUGCUGAUAGCCAAAGAUUUUCAAAUUUUGAUGUGGCGGUAUCCGGUAAACAGAGUACCUUAAUGACUGACUUCGACUUAAAAGUUGUUUUUGAUGGACGUUCUAGGAUUUAUGUCUACGCCCCAGAUGGCUACCAAGGUAAAUUAUGUGGAAUUUGUGGUGAUAUUGGUGCUGAUGGAAGCUACUCUUACGAACUAGGGGAUACCAAGGAGGCAUUUGUGCCUGUAUUUAAAAGUAAAAGGAACAAAGUGUUCAACCCCAGAUCAGCUCUGGAUUAUGGAAAUAGUUGGCAGGUUAAUGACCCCGCUGAUCCAAAAUGUAAGAAAGUAGAUAAACCAACCGAGGGAUGUUCGGUUGAAAAAGACGCUUUCUAUAGAGCACCCGAAAGGUGCGGUAAGAUCAGGACAUUGUUGGAAGACUUAAAGUCCGAAAUCGUUCUUUCUGAAGACCAAGCUAAAAAAUUUAAUCCCGAAGAAGAUAUCGAAUCGUGUGCCUUUGAUUCGUGUGCAGAAGAGAGCAAAGCAGAUGAGAUUAUUUGUGACGCAGUUGAAGGUUACGCCUCGAAGUUAUUUAAAGCUACGGGUACUACACUGGAAUGGAGAACUGAUGAUUUUUGUUCUCUAAAUUGUGGUCCAAAGGAGACACCGAAAUUGAAUGCCAAAUGUGAUGUAGAGUGUGGACAAGAGAGGAGUAUUUUGGACAGUUGUGACGGCGAAGCCAAAGACAGGUGUGUCUGUAAAAAUCCUUUCAGACGAAAAGGCACAGAUUGUGUCUCAGUAAGCAUGUGUAGCUGUGAUGUACCAAUCACCGUAGCAGGUGCAGGAAACGCAUUCUUCAAGCUUCAGUCCGGUGAGGAAGCGCUAAAUGGAGAUUGUUCUCAAAAAAUUAGAUGUGCCAACGGAAAAACCACAGACAUCGAAGCUGUUACACUUGAUCCUAAUGCUGAAUGUAAAGUUGUUGAUAGUCGUACUAAGGUUGUUUGCAAUGACCAUUUUGAAUUGGACGCAAACGGCAAGUGUGUAUCCCAGGGAGAGUGUUCAUUUCCGUUCAUUGAAUUGGAAAACAAAUGUGUUUAUGUCACAGGCAAAAGAAAGACAUGGAGAGAGGCCGUUCGAUUAUGUAACGCUUUAGGGGGGCAUCUCCUUAAUCUAGGAGAUAAGAACUUAGGUGUUUUCAACGAUUUGCCAAUAUUUUGGGUUGCUGGUCUCAAAGCAGACCCUACAACUGCAGCUAAAUUUGAUCAAGCUGGGUAUGAAAAUUACAAACUGCCCGGUGCCGUUCAAGCAACAGCAGUCGAAAACAAUUGUGUCCGAUUUGAGCCUAACACGAGAAGCUUCAUUCACUCGAGUUGUUUCAGCGAUACCAUUAGAUAUCAAGUCAUUUGCGAAGCGUACCCAGACAAAGCGAAGACUGUAACAACUGAAGAAUGUAGUGGUGCCCAACCAGAUGAUGAUGGUAACGAAUUGGAAACAGUCAUCGGAAUUCAAAUGGCAAACCCUACUUGCAUAUGUUCAAACCCAGUGGAUAUUAAGUGUUUCGCUAAUGGAGCUGAAGUGACCUCUACUGAUUCAGUAACAUGUGGAGCAACCGAUGAGGGCAAAUUGUUGGAUUGUGCCAAGGCCGAUGGCGUAUCUUGUCCAGAUCAUACUGUUAAAGGGAAAUGUCAACCAAUUUUUAAUUUGAAUAAAUUCGGAAUAUUACUUCGCAUGGUUAUAGCCAUCUUCACAAAUGUCAAGCUAUUACAAACUUCUUCCUAUCAAUGUCAAGCUAUUACAAACUUCAUCUUCACAAUGUCAAGCUAUUACAAACUCCUUCUUCACAAUGUCAAGUUAUUACAAACUUCACCUUCACAAUGUCAAGCUAAUACAAACUUCUUCUUCUUAAUGUCACGCUAUUACAAACUUCGCCUUCACAAUGUCAAGUUAUUACAAACUUCACCUUCACAAAGUCAAGCUAUUACAAACUUCAUCUUCACAAUGUCAAGCUAUAACAAACUUCAUCUUCACAAUGUCAAGCUAUUACAAACUUCAUCUUCACUAUGUCAAGCUAUUACAAACUUCUUUCCCUCAAUGUCAAGCUAUUACAAACUUCAUCUUCACUAUGUCAAGCUAUUACAAACUUCUUUCCCUCAAUGUCAAGCUAUUACAAACUUCUUCUUCACAAUGUCAAGCUAUUACAAACUUCAUCUUUACAAUGUCAUGCUAUUACAAACUUCAUCUUCACAAUGUCAAGCUAUUACAAACUUCUUCCUGUCAAUGUCAAGCUAUUACAAACUCCUUCUUCACAAUGUCAAGUUAUUACAAACUUCACCUUCACAAUGUCAAGCUAAUACAAACUUCUUCUUCUUAAUGUCACGCUAUUACAAACUUCGCCUUCACAAUGUCAAGUUAUUACAAACUUCACCUUCACAAAGUCAAGCUAUUACAAACUUCAUCUUCACAAUGUCAAGCUAUAACAAACUUCAUCUUCACAAUGUCAAGCUAUUACAAACUUCAUCUUCACUAUGUCAAGCUAUUACAAACUUCUUUCCCUCAAUGUCAAGCUAUUACAAACUUCAUCUUCACUAUGUCAAGCUAUUACAAACUUCUUUCCCUCAAUGUCAAGCUAUUACAAACUUCUUCUUCACAAUGUCAAGCUAUUACAAACUUCAUCUUUACAAUGUCAUGCUAUUACAAACUUCAUCUUCACAAUGUCAAGCUAUUACAAACUUCUUCCUGUCAAUGUCAAGCUAUUACAAACUUCAUCUUCAUAAUGUCAAGCUAUUACAAACUCCUUCUUCACAAUAUGUUAACGAAUGUGAAGAAUUUGGUAAUUUAGUUUGUGGAAAUAAAGAAAAUUGUGAAGAUGAAUAUGGAGCGUUUAGGUGUGUCUGUGACGAUGGUCAACUUUUCAUAAAUGGAGUUUGUGAAGAGACGUCUACCUGUACUGUGGAAGUGACAAAUCCUGACACAUUUAAGCUGACAACAUUUGCCUCGACGCCUUUCGCCAAACCUACAGGACAGUGUAAAUUAUCAUUAUUAAAAUGUCUAGAUUUGAUCAUUUUUGUUUCAAAAACAGCCGACAACCUGAAGACUCUGUCUCUAAAAGGAAUUUGUAGUGAGAUUGAUCUAGUCGAAACAUCUUCGAUCCUACCAAUUAACAACAUUAUGGUUAAUAAUAAUCUGUUAGCAAAUUCAGUGGAAAGUGGCUCAUGUAAGAUAGAAAAAGACGUUGAUAGUGUUACCAUCACAGCUUUUGAUAAAUCGUUUGAAUUAACCAUUAACGAAGAUUUUGAUGUCUCAUUACAAUUGAUAGAUUCAAAAAGUGACUGCCUAGGUCUCUGCAAAGUCGGUUCUGAUAUUGAAACUAUAUUCCGUUCUUGUCUUGAUCCGGACACGGCAGCAUCGACAGGUGGUGGAGAAACAGGAAGUAAUCCAGGACAGUCACCGGGAGGUACAGAGCAACCAACAGGAGCUCCACCACCACAGCCCCCAUCACCCCCACCCCCUGGGCCAGAAAACCCACCAGAACCAACUGUGCCAGGAGGAACUGCACCACCACCUCCCCCAACUCAGCCACCCUCUCCUCCCCCCGAGGGACCUGAAAAUCCUGCAGGACCAACAGCUGAAGUACCCAUUCCUGGACCUCCUACAGAACCCGUACCCCCACCGGCCGGUCCAGACCAAUGCAAUACUGACAUGUCUGCUGAUGAUAAGUGUGGCAUCGUAACAGACGCUGCCGGACCAUUUUCCGGAUGUGGUAACGCCAAAGAUAUUUUUGAUCUAUGUUUGAGAGACAUCUGUAUGCAAAAUAUGGAUAUCUGCCAAGCCUUGGUAAACGCCCAAAAGGCUUGUGUUGGUCAGUCAUUUACACGAGAAUUGGUUGUUGCCUAUAAAAUGGAAGCCGGAUGCGAGGAAGAUUGCCCAGAAAACAUGAUCUUUAGUUUUACACCACCGCCACCAUCCUCUUGUAAGAAUAAGCAUCCAGUGGUACCAGAGGAAAGACCUACUCCACCCCCGGGAUGUUUCUGCAAACCAGGUUUCUAUCUAGAGGAGGGUGAAUGUAUCCCAAGCUCCCAAUGUGGGUGUGUUGAUAAAGAUGGACUCUACCAUGAGUUGGAUGAUGUAUGGUUUUCAGAUGGCUGUAGUACAAUGUUUUCUUGUAAAGCUGGAUCAGUCAAAACCUUACCCUACACAUUAAUAGAAAAUUCCAAUUGUGGCCAGGUGGACAACAAACCUUACCCAGAAUGCAGUAAAGGAUUUAUGGGUGUGGCCACUGAACUUUGUAACAAAGUGGAAGAAAAGGACGAUAGUUACUGUGCCGAUGUUCCCGAUGGUGACAUCACAAAACGUGUCUGUCUUUGUAAAAAGGGUUUCGUAUCAGACUGCGAAUCGUGUGUUGACCUGGACGAAUGCCAGACAGGAUUUGCAAAAUGUGGAGCCAAUGAAAAAUGUGUGAACUUAAGAGGAAACUACACUUGUGAAUGUGCCCCAGGUUAUGAACGUGGUAAUCUUGGAGUCUGUAUCAAUAUCAAUGAAUGUCAACGAGAGGGCAUGGGUAUGUGUCAACCAAACUCGAAAUGUAUUGAUUUACCUGGAAGAUAUUCAUGUGCCUGUUGCUAUGGUUACAAGGCAGUACCAAACAGCAUUAGUGAAUUCAGAUUCACCUGUCAACGUGACCCUGCAAUCCUUAGUGUUGGUAACGACUGUUGUAUCUGUAACACUGCAGAUUGUAAACCUCCUUCAGACGGAAACCCAGCUCAAGUCUGUGGUACAGACGGAAUUGAAUAUGAUAACUAUAAACAACUUUAUGAGCUCAACUGUGCCAAGAAUGGCGAAGCUAAUAUUGGAGUCGGUAUUGCCUCAUAUGGAUCAUGUAGAAAGGAAGGCACUACAACUUCUACUACUUCAACCACCACUAGUACUACAACUACUACACCUAAACCUCCCUCAGUCUGUGACAGCAGCAAGAUUUGUUCCCAAGCUGAAAGAUCUACUGAUAAACCAUGCUGCAAUGGUGGAAAUAGAUACAAGUCUUUCUGUGAGAUGAGAAUGUCCAUGUGUUUGAAGAACAAUCAGAAUCCAGAUAUUCCUACAACAGCUUGUGGAAACUGUUUCCCCACCAUUAAACCACCAACUACUACACCCGUUCCUACACCAAGUGAGAGCGACUUUGAACCUUGGGGACCCUGGAAAGAAUGUCAACCCAGACCAUCUGGAUUACCUUGUGGUACCGCCAAUGGUGUUAAAUACAGAAACAGAUUAUACACCGGCACAGAUACUUCCUUACUAACAUCUGAGAUGUUACGACAACAAGAUUCCUGCGAUCUUCAUCCAUGUCCAUCAGAUACACCUCAACCAGAGGUUCCUAACCCCUGUAACGUUGAAGACUGUCCCUCUUCGGACACAGAACAAUUCUGCGGCAAGAUCGUAGGUCUUGACACUCAACCAAAAACCUACAAAUCUCGAUGUCAUCUGGAGAGAAAUUCUCAAUGUCAAGGAUUGGAAAUCAGCAAGAAUCCCAAUGAUUACUACCCCGGAAUCUGUAGCCCUGGUGGAACUCGACCACUCUCUCUGCCAUGUAAGAGAGGUCCAUUUAAAAUCACCUACGCCUAUAACUCUCUUGAUUCUGCGUCCGGCACCACCUGUUCCGCAGACAAUGUAGAAAUUGGUACCUGUCAAUCUGGAGCCUGUGAUGAAGGAACAAACGACUGUUGUAAAGCAGUAGAAUUCGAAGAACUUGACUCCAUAGUGACUUGUAUUAACAUGGCCACCCAGCGAAUCGAAAAAGUCAACAAAAAGGUCUACUCAGCUAUAAGAUGCGACUGUGUGGAUAAAGACGAUUAA